AUGUUCGACUGGGUGGUGCAGCGCGGGGGGGAGUACGCCGCGCAGGGCUUGGUGAACUACAUCGCGCGGUGCCCAGCGCCGCCGCCGUGCCCGGCCUGCCCAGCGCUCACCUGCCAGGCUUGCGGCGCCUGCCAGGCGCCCGCGUGCCCGGGCCUCUCGUGCCCGACCUGCCCGGCCUGCCCGGGCCUCGCGCCGGCGGCUGGGCCGGCGGCGUGCCCGGCCUGCCCGCAGGCCCCGGAGGCAGCCCCGUGCGCCGGCCGCGGCUGGGGGCUGCUCUGGUUCGUGUGCGGCGUGGCCUUCGGCCUCGAGGCGCCCGCGGCGCUGCUGAGCGCUCGGCGCGCGGCUCGGUGCUGUCGCAGGCGCAGGCGGGCCGCCAUCCAGGACGACUCGGAGCCAGGGCCUGCCCCCGUGAGCGAUGGCGACGUCUGGCACCAGAGGCUAGUGCUGGGUCAGGUGACGUUAUCGGCUGGUAAGCUCUUCGUAAUCGCCACCCCCGACCGGCACGUGUACGCGGAGGACUACAGUGCAGGCUCGGCCGACGUCGCGGCCGUGAGGUGGGCGACGGCCUUCAACGUGCUGCCGGACGGCAUCCUUCCCGGGGACGUCUACCGCUUCCGGGCGGAGCCGACGGUGGCGCAGCGGGCCGCCUUCCUCGCCGCGGCGGUGCCCGAGGCCGCGGGCGAGUGCGCCGGGCUGGCCGCGGCCCAAGGCGUGGCGGCCCCGGCGGUGGACGCCCACUGCCUGCUGCCGGUCCCGGUGGGCGGACCCGCGGCCGGCGCGGGGGCUGCCGCGGUGGUGGCUGCUGCGGGCGCGCCCGCUGCUCCCGGAGCCGCGGCGCCCGCGCGUGUGCCGCCGCCUGUCGGGCCCCUGCAGGGGGUUGUGGCUGUUGGCGCGGCUGACGGACGUGGUGCUGCUCGCUGGGUCGCCGCCGAGUGCUUCGGCGGCUUCCGCGUGGGGGACGACGUGCCCCACCAGGCCGGAGCGGGCGCCAUCGGGGACAAGGACAUCCACCGGCUUGCGGACGGCUCGGGCCUCUUCGUGCAGUACUUGCGGCCGGCAGACGAGCAGGAGUUCUUCGACCGCAUCGUGGCCAGCGACGCCCGCAUCCUCCCGGUGCGCCGCAACAGGCUUGGGCGGCGGGAGCGCGCGUGGGCUGACAUGUGUGCCGCGGUGACGAAGGAGGACUUCGGCAAGGACUGGACGCUCGGUGGCGUCCGGACGGCGGGGUGGUGCCUGGAGCACAUCAACUCGGAGGGCGGCAGCUUGGACGCUCACCACGAUCGUUUUCGAUCGCUGUGCCGCCUGGAGCCCAACGCCUGGGGGGUGGCCGAGCACCUCCACCUCACGGCGGCGGUCAAGGCCGGCCUCCUCGUCGACCAGCUCGACGGCACGAAUCUGGUCAUGGUGGAGAUGCCGCUGAGGAGAAUGCAAACCAUUGAAUUCGCCCACCUCGAGCGGGCGAAGGAGGCGGAGUCGAAAGGGUACAGUGGCCGCCUCAGCCUCGAGGAGCAGCAGGCGUUCUCGGGGCUCAGCCGGGGCUCGGGGCAGCUGAUGAUCUGUCCGGAGCUCCUCGAUGUGGUUCGUGUCGACGUGGAGCGGGAGGCGCAGCUCAACAAGGCCCUCCGGAAGGGCCGCGAGGUGACUCCCGCAGAAGCUCUCCGGAAGCUUCGCGUGGCGAGCUGGUAUGAUGUGGACUCUGCCGUGCUCGGUUCCUAUAACCUCGCUAGCGUCUCGCUCCCCUCUGGCUCGCCAGCACCGGUGCCGCUCGAGGAUUUGUGGGGCGCGGGCGGGUCGGACAUGAUUAGGGACUUCGUCCAAAGCCGAUUGCUACCGUCUAGUGAGGUAGAUACUCGUUUGAAAAAUUCCCAGGUCGCGGUGCCGCAUAGUGAUCCUAAGCUGCGUCGGGUCGCGGCUUUUGAGGAGUUCAUCCGUGCAUUGCAGCAGCGAGGCACGGUGGAUUUCAGCUUCUCAUGCAAGGAAAGGGUUGAAGCAUUUUUCGUGCACAAGAAAUCCGGGAAGCUCCGGCUGGUAGCCUGGCAGGGCUGGAGCUCGGCGAGGGAGUAUUCUGGGGAGGACAAGGUGGCCCAGGUUUUGGGGUGCCAGAUCGACGGGUCCCGGGGCCGCGUGGGGUUAUCGCUGUUCUGGUCGUGCUAUGCCUUCGUCAGGAAGAAUUGCACCCAGGAAGAGCGUCUGUGGGCUUCGGUACGUGUCCUGGACAGCCCCGGCGACGUCUUCGGGUUCGGUCGGGUCAAGCGGGUCGUGGACUUCCCAGAGGUCCCGCGGGUUAUGAUCGAGCUGCAGUGGCCCGUCGUCGGUCGCUUCCCGUGGAGGCGCAAGGGGGAGAGUAUCGCCGUGUACGAGGCCAGGGCCACCCUGUACGGCUUUCGUCAUCUCCAUCGUUCGUCUCGGAACCUCGGGAAGCACGUGCUGGUCCUGGGGGACUCGCAGUCGACGGCCGGGGCGGUGACGCGGUUUCGGAGCGACAGCCGUGGCAUGAUGCGGGUCACCCAGGCGAUCGCGGCCCUCUCGCUCGCGACCGGUUCGGCCUUGCAUUAUCGAUGGUUGCCCUCGGAGUUGAACGUCGCGGACUCUCCUUCCCGAGGCCUCUGGGCUCCAGCUGCUCCGAGCCCGCUCGAUUUCUCCAAACAUGCUCCUGCGGGCCAGCCCCGCACCGACCUCGACCGGCGGGAGGCCACCCGUGGUGCCAUGACGGCGAACCUCUCUGCGCGGAGGAAGCGCCAGACGGUGGCCGACGUCGCGGCCCGGCGGAGGGCCUCUGCUGUCACAGUGGGCGGGCUCACGGUGCUCGAGAGCGCCUCGGUUCGGCCCCGGACGCGGCAGAAGUACCAGUCGCUGUUCGCCGAGUUCCUGGCGUGGCUCGCCGUCCCGGUGGCGACCUCCGAGGCGGGCGUCGACCAGCAGCUCGUGGGGUGGCUGGACGCGCUGUACCUGGGCGGCGAGAACCUGGGCUCGGCCCAGUGGGGCUUCGCGGCGGUGACGUUCUUCACGGGCCUCCAGAAGUCCGCGGGGGCCCUCAUGCCCAGGAGCCGGAGGGCCCUCCAGGGGUUCAGGCGCUGCUGCCCUCCCCAGUCGCGGCUUCCGCUGCCGCGCGAGGUGGUGGCCCUGAUCGCCAACGAGCUGGUCAGGUUGGGGAAGCUGCCCUUCGCGAUCGCGAUCGUCGUGAUCUUCGAGCUGUACCUUCGGCCAGGCGAGAUUCUCAACGUGAGGGUGGUGGACCUCAUACCCCCGGUGCCGGGCGUGGCGAGCGCCCCCUGCUGGGCCAUCGCGCUUCGCGCGCAGGAGGUCGGGAGGUCGUCAAAGACGAACGAGUUCGACGAGUCCAUGCGCCUGGACUUGGAGCGGCAUGCCCCUCUCGGUCCGGCGCUCAAGGCCCUCUGCCAGGGCCGGAGCCCGGGCUCGCCGAUCUUCGACUUCGCCCUGAAGGACCUGGUGACGGCGGUGUGCGGCGUCGUGCGGAGCCUCGAGCUGGACGAGUACCUCGGCGACGUCCACCUGCACCAGCUCAGGCACGGCGGCGCCUCGCACGACUCCGCCGGGGGCUUCAGGAGCCUGGAGGACGUGAGGCGCCGCGGGCGCUGGCGGUCGUGGGCUUCGGUCAGGCGCUACGAGAAGGGCAGCCGCAUCGGCCAGGUGCUGCUCAAGCUGCCCGAGGACCUCCGCGCCCACGCGCUGUCCUGCGAGCGCUCGAUGGCCUCCAUCGUCCGCUUCUUCCUCGAGGUCUUCUCGGGGUCAGGCCGGCUCGGCCAAGCGGUCGCGAGGGAGGGCGUGAACGUUCUUCUCUGGGACGUGGAGCUGGGUGCCGAUUACGAUCUUCGUCUGGCCCGGAACCGCGGCCUCAUCAGAGGAUGGAUCCGCUCAGGCAUCGUGAUUGGCGUCCACUUGGGAACGUCAAACUCGUCACCCAUGGGCCUCGACGACCUGAGCCCCGCCGACGCCGACAAGGUUCGCGUCGGCAACUUGUUAAUGUUUUUCUCCGUGGCGGUGAUGCGGGAUGCUAUGCUUUUGGGAAUACCAGCUACUCUUGAGAACCCCGCCCGGAGCCGCAUCUGGAUUUGCCCCGCCAUGCAGAGACUUCGAAAAUCCAACAAGAUCAAUUUCACCGUCACCGAUUUCUGCAUGUGGGGCGCCCAGCGGAGGAAGUCGACCAGUUUCCUCAGCACGGGGCUGUGCAUGGACGCCCUCGCCGAGGCUCGCUGUCUCGGCGCCGAGCGUGGCCUGUGCAAGCGCGCCGGCCAGCCGCGCAUCCCCAUCCAAGGGAACAACGACAAAGGUGUAUUCUGGUCCAAGAUCGCCGAGCCUUAUCCUCCUGAACUUUGUAAAGCCCUGGCUUCUAUCCACUGCAAUGCGUGGGCCUCGUCUAAAGCCGAGUUGUUCGACAAGAAGGUGUUUGCG